AUGUCCAAUGUAGAGGUAUCCUGUGGGGUUUAUAUAGGCGACAUCUUUGUGGAAUGCAAGCUUAGAUCUAACCUAGGCAAGGAACAUUGCAUUGGACGUUGCAUAACAUCGUCACAAAACCCCAUAAUUUCGAUACUGAAUACUUCGAAUUCUCCAAUAGUCUUCCAAGAAGGGACUGUAUUGGCACGUGGUGAACCAUGUGUCAUGGAGCAGUUGCAGGAAGAUAGUGAAAAUACAGUUAAUCUAGUUCAACACAGAACAGAUCAUGUCAUAGAGAUUGAAAGUGUUCAGGUUGAUGACUCCAUCGGUACGAAACAUAGACAGUCUUUGCUAGAUCUCUUAAAUGAAUUCACUGACUGUUUCGCCAGAUCAACAUCCGAACUGGGCAACACUCAGAUGAACAUUGUGUUAACUGAUGACAAACCUGUGACUUAUCGCCCGUAUAAGCUAUCUCAGAUGGAAAGAUCUGAAGUGAGGGAAAUUAUUGACGACCUUCUUCAGGGUGAAGUAAUUAGAGAAUUUGAUUCCCCUUAUGCGAGCCCAAUUCUUUUAGUAAAGAAAAAACAGGGGAAUACAGAAUGUGCGUAG